AUGAAGAAAAAUAAACAGAACGUCGGUAAAGAGAAGAAUAAGCAGCAUUCGAAAGAAAAGACUCAGCAUAUCUUCAAAGCCGUGUCAUCAAGUAAAACAGCAAAGAAACAAAAGAAGACAAAAGAAAUUAAGAAGAAACUUAAACAGCAAAACUUCCAGACUAAAGCAAAAUCAGAUCAACUUCUUAAAAACAUACAUUUAAAUAUGGUAACAGAGAAGAAAAAGCCACUACCUAUCGUUGAUACGAUAAAGAAGAAGAAGGACAUUGUCAAACCCGGAAGCACUGAGAAAAUUCAAAGUUCUUUGAAUAAUAUGAAUAUGAAUUAG